GAGGGAUACGACUAUAUAGGCAAUGGCCGCGCGGGAUUGGACAGAUUCGAUUCUUGAAUCGAAUCCAAGAAGCGUGUUUCCUGUUCUGUAAGCCCCCAAAUUAAUUAGACUAAUUAGAAUUUAUCGUUGCAUUAUAUAUUUAUGUAUAAUUAGAAAUGGACUCUCGCACGUGCCUAUCCACCAGCGAGCCGAUCGCCCCCUUCGGUCUUCCUCGGCUCGGGAACGAAGGUUCGAGGAUCUUGAAGAUGGAGUUAUCUACGUUGGUUCUUCUCGUAAUGGCUUGUGGUUUGAGGGUGGGAGCUGAUGGAACCAAUCAUAGGUACAAAGAGGGUGAUCAUGUCCCCCUAUUUGCCAAUAAGGCCGGACCUUUCCACAACCCCAGCGAGACAUAUCGUUACUAUGACUUGCCAUUCUGCUCACCAGAGCAUGUUACCGAAAAGACGGAAGCCCUUGGGGAAGUUCUAAGUGGUGAUCGUAUGGUCGAUGCACCGUACUUAUUAAAUUUUCUGGAGGAGCAGCAGUCAAACCUCUACGAUUCUCAUGCGUGUGCUCAAAAAUGAUAUUUUAAUAUCAUCAUGAAGAUAUUCUCUCAUUGAGGAGUCUCUUGAAGAUCAAGAGGAUUCUGGAUGGAAACAUAUCCUUGGUGACGUCUUCCGAUUUCCAAAGAACAAGUCAUUGUUUUCAGCUAUUAUUGGUUCUGGAACUCAGCUCCUUGUGCUGUAAGAGCUCUCACUAAACUCUUCUAAUGCUGAUUUCUGUUAAUAUCAUCUGCUACUUUUGUCUCAUGACUAGUACAAUGUUCAUCUUCCUUCUUGCACUUGUUGUUGUGUUCUACCCAUACAAUCGGGGAGCCCUUUACACAGCUCUUGUUGUCAUCUAUGCUCUGACUUCUGGUAUCGCUGGUUACACAGCGAGCUCCUUCUAUAUGCAGCUCGAAGGGACU